UCAAUUCAACAAAAUCUAGGCAACCACGGAAAAGUUGUGUAAAAAAAACGUGUAUUUAUUCCGUUAAGUACACGUACACGACAUGUCGAACAACGAUGGCCUUUUGCCGGCGGCAGGAGCUGCGCCGGUGGCUGGUGCCGAGGGUCAACAGCAGCAGCAGCCAUCACGAGCGGAGUCUUUUUUCGCAAUGACGAAAUCACUUAUUCUGCGGGCGCUUAUAAUUUACUUUGUAAGUUCCUUCUUCCGGCGGCCACAGUCGAACACUAAUCAAGAGCAGUCAGUCGCCAAUGCGGGUCCCAAAAUAACCGCAUGGAACUAUUUCGAGAAUGGCACAGAUUUUGAUUUGCAUGUAUGGCUCUCGGAGCAGCCGGACGUGGUGAACUUCCAACAAAAGGCCAAUCUUCUGUGGCUGCAAGAGGAUCUAACCUACGGUGAUUGGGUCUCGGGGCCUACAGGUGAUGGAAUUUACACACACAACCUGAAGAUAAAAGCCAGCCCCCAUCUGCUAAACAACGGCAGUGUGUUUCUGCACGCAUUUGUAACGCGCGCUGGCGAAAGCCCAGAUCCUCAGUCGCCUGAAUACUCAAGACAUGGCCAUAUGGGCCAUCAGCAGCAUCAGCUUAAUAAGUUUAAGAAGCUGCGUGUGAAUCGCAACUACAACCUAUUGGCCAGCGAGAAGGAGAAGCUGGAGCACGAGCUGAAGCACGCCAAUCUCAAGGAUCAGAUCGUGUCGCACUGGCAUCCAAACUUGACCGUUAAUCUUGUGGUGGAUCAGACAAAUUGGGCGCAAGGUAGCGUGCCUUCACCGCUCGAUGAAUAUGUAAAGUUUGUGGAUGGCGGUAAAACGUAUCUGCCGAUUGUGUUCGUCAACGACUAUUGGAACCUGCAACGCGAAUACUUUCCCAUCAACGAGUCAACUCCAGAGCUGGAUCUACAUUUGACCUUUCAGCCCUUGGGCAUGUUCAAGUGGCAGCUCUAUGCCGCCAAGCAAAUGAAAAGUAAAUGGGCUGGCAAUGUGCUGGGCGAAAUAAUGGCAGCCGGUGCGGCUGAAGAGUCGGACGAGGACCAAGACUCGCUGAAGGAAACUCUUCUGGACACAAACAUUUACCUGCUCGGAAUCACAGUGGCCGUUUCCAUACUCCAUUCUGUGUUCGAGCUGCUGGCUUUCAAGAAUGACAUACAGUUUUGGAACAAUCGACAGUCACUCGAGGGACUCUCAGUGCGAUCAGUGUUCUUCGGCGUGUUCCAAUCGCUUAUCAUCUUGCUGUAUGUGCUGGACAACGAGACGAACUUCAUGAUACGCAUCUCGUGCUUUGUGGGUCUCGGCAUUGAGGUAUGGAAAAUACAUAAGGUGGUCGAUGUUAACUACAACAACCAGCAAAAACUGCUAGGCAUCUUUCCGCGCAUCAGUUUCAAGGAUAAGGGCUCAUACUCGGAGAGCUCCACCAAGGAGUACGACAGAUUGGCAUUUAAGUACCUGGGCUGGGCAUGUUUCCCAUUGCUUGUGGGCUACUUUAUCUAUUCCCUGAUCUACAAUGAGCACAAGGGCUGGUACUCCUUUGUGUUAAACAUGCUUUACAGCUACCUGUUGACUUUCGGAUUUAUUCUGAUGACACCGCAGCUGUUCAUUAACUACAAGCUAAAAUCAGUUGCCCAUUUGCCAUGGCGAAUGAUGACCUAUAAAUUCCUCAACACAUUUAUCGACGACAUAUUCGCAUUUGUCAUAAAAAUGCCAACCAUGUACCGCAUCGGCUGCUUCCGAGAUGACAUUAUCUUCUUUGUAUUCCUUUAUCAGCGCUGGCAGUACCGCGUCGACCUGAAGCGCGUCAAUGAGUAUGGCUUCUCUGGCGAAAUGGAGGAGCAGGCUGCCACCAAGCGACUGGAAGGUGACGCCAGCGCCACUCAGCCGGCUGGCGCUAUAGAAGCAUCGCCCAGUGCAGGCAGUGCCCCAGCCACAGCCACAGCCACUAAAGCGACGGCAGAUUCGACGCCGACCAAAAAGACAGCCGCACAAAAGAAACAGGAUUAGAUGGCCGUGCAUCCAGGCAUGUGCGUUAGAACAAUUUUAACGGCAGUUAUAAUAAUACAUAAUAAUACUUGUAUAUGUAUGCAAGAACUAGCGUACAUACACACAUAUAUGCAGCAAAAAUCAGUUUCAGUAUACAUAGUCAACAGUGAAUUGCCCGUCGUAGUUACGAACAUAUUCUAGCAGUAAUUUAUAUAUGUAUGUAUGUGUAUUUUGUUUGUUUUUGGGCCAACGGUGGUCCAUAGCAUUGGCUACUGAAAUAAAUUCAGUGUGAGAAGUA